UCUGCUUUGUAGCUGAUCCAUGAACACUCUCGCCACCUCUCACCUACAUCUCGCUCUCAAGUGAAGGCCGACUAGUUAAGCAGCCUCGUUACACUCAGCACAGCCAGGCGAUCUAUUGGCCUGUGGGAAGUUAAUCAUUACAGCUAUUGACAGCCGUGGAGAGGAUCUGACACUCGCUCUGCUUUGACUUUAUUCUCACAGAUAAAUCUCUCUGAGACAUGACCAACCCGAAGCCCAAAGCAGAGAGGCAGAGCGAUGGAGCCGAGGGCCCCGACGGGGGCUGGGGCUGGGUGCUGGUCGGCGCCAUGUUCGUGAGCACGAGCCUGGUGUUCGGCCUGAUGCGCUCCCUGGGGAUCUUCUUUGUGGAGUUCGUGCAGUACUUUGAGGAGAGCGCUCAGGCCAUCUCCUGGAUCUCAUCCACGGGCCUGGCAGCUCAGCAGUUCUUCAGUCCGCUGGGUGCAGCGCUGUGUAAUGCAUACGAUACACGGGUGGUGGUGAUGACGGGGGGCUGUCUGGCUGGACUCGGACUCAUCCUCGCCUCGCAGGCCACCUGUCUUGUUCACCUCUACCUCACCAUGGGCGUUAUCUCAGGUUUGGGCUGGGGGCUGGUCUUCACGCCCAUGGUGGCUACAGUCAUGGCUAACUUCACUCGCCGGCGUGCACUUGCGUUAGGACUGGGGUUCUCCAGCAUCGGUCUCUCCUCUUUCGCAUUCAACCCGCUUUUCCAGUUUCUGGUGGAGAUGUACGCGUGGCGAGGGGCCCUCCUGAUUCUGGGGGGCCUCAGCCUCAACAUUGUGCCCUGCGGAGCUCUCAUCCGCCCAAAAAGACGCCCUAAAGAACCAGCAAAGGUGAGACAAACUCUUCAUCUGUUGAACCAGCUUAUACACGCACAGCAGAUUCUUCAUUUCUGGCACAAUACGUUGUUCUUACUUGAAGGGCAGCUGCUGCAGAGAAUUUAAGAGAAUGGAUGGUGCAGGAUUACGGAAAAUCCACACGCAUGACAACUAUGCAGACUUGCUUCAGUGUGAAAUAUUCGUAUUGCUGUGUUGCAUUUUCAUCAAAAAAUAAAUCGUGCAUGUGUCCAAAAACAAAAACCAACAGACAGAUAAAAGUCUCAGGAGCAACUACACAAACUCAUCUCAACCCAAAUCUUACCAGCUGUUGUGUCUAACCACGUUCAAUGAGCAACAUAUAGCAUCAGAAAGCUGCUCAAACCAUUAAAUGUCCUUUAUGUGGUUGUUGAGGUAGUUGUUGCAGUGUUUGUCGUACAUCUCAACAAAGGAUUUCACUUGUCAAACAUAUUUCUGCAGGCAAAAUUCUGUGACGCCUUUCGCAAGUUUUUCAACCUUUGAAACAGGAUUUCUUUCAAAACAUGGGACAAAAGGCCAUCAGUGACUUGGCAUUAAAUGUCCCACAAAAUGCAAAAGAAAUUAUUAAAAUC